CGGGCUCGCGGGGGGCUGCUGGGCGGUUCGCUUCUCCCGGGCCCGCGGGCUGGACGGGACUCCGCGGUUACACAUCGAGGCACCCCGGCCCAUCCUCCCCGCGGACCUGAGCGAGACCGCGGCUUCCACGGUCUGGGCCUCUCCGCCAGCGCCGGUCACUUCAGGGCCCGAGAUCCCGCCAGCGUCAAAAACAGUGUCAAGCCGGGCCUCGGUGGUCUUUGCCUUCCGAGGGGCGGGGAGGCCUUCUGGCCCUUUAGCUUCAGGCGGAAGCCGGCGAGACUUUUCUCUAAACUAGCGGGGAAGGGGUUUGUGGGUGAAACCGGACCGGUCCCUACGUGGUUGAUGUAUGAAAUCUGCUCCGCUCUUCUGGACUGGUCCUGGCAAAGAGGGCUGUCAGAGCUUAGGCACUGCUGCGGUGCGCCAAGUGUCGCUGGUCAAGCGGGAGGGGGCCAGGCUUUGACCUCGUGCCGGUUGGAAUUUUAAUUUCUCCACUUUUACAAAUCAGUGGUUCCUGCCAGCUGUUAGAGGAGACAUCCCUCCAGGUUGCGCAGCCCAUGGAUUUGUCUGUGAUGGCACUAGAAUACUAGUAUUUGGGGGCAUGGUUGAAUAUGGAAGAUACAGCAAUGAGCUUUAUGAGUUACAGGCAAGUCGUUGGUUAUGGAAAAAAGUGAAACCCCAACCUCCUCCUUCUGGCUUACCUCCUUGUCCUCGGCUUGGACAUAGCUUCUCUUUAUAUGGUAACAAAUGCUAUUUGUUUGGUGGCCUGGCAAAUGAAAGUGAAGAUUCAAAUAAUAAUGUUCCCAGGUAUUUAAAUGAUUUCUAUGAGUUGGAACUACAGCAUGGUUCUGGGGUUGUGGGCUGGAGCAUUCCAGCCACCAAAGGCAUUGUACCUUCUCCAAGAGAAUCCCAUACCGCUAUUAUAUAUUGUAAAAAAGACUCUGGGAGUCCUAAGAUGUAUGUUUUUGGUGGAAUGUGCGGUGCUCGGCUGGAUGACCUAUGGCAGCUUGAUUUAGAAACUAUGUUAUGGUCCAAACCAGAAACUAAAGGGACAGUACCACUUCCACGAAGCCUUCACACAGCCAGUGUUAUAGGAAACAAGAUGUACAUUUUUGGUGGAUGGAUUCCACACAAGGGUGAAAGUACUGAGAAUUCACCUCAUGAUUGUGAAUGGAGAUGUACCAGCUCAUUUUCUUACCUAAAUCUAGAUACAGCAGAGUGGACUACUCUAGUGUCAGAUUCUCAGGAGGAUAAGAAAAACUCAAGGCCAAGACCAAGAGCUGGACACUGUGCUGUUGCAAUUGGCACUCGUUUGUAUUUUUGGAGUGGAAGAGAUGGCUACAAAAAAGCACUUAAUAGCCAAGUCUGCUGCAAGGAUCUUUGGUAUCUUGAUACUGAGAAACCUCCAGCACCAUCACAAGUCCAGCUGAUCAAAGCUACUACCAACUCUUUCCAUGUCAAGUGGGAUGAAGUGCCUACAGUUGAGGGCUAUCUUUUGCAGUUGAAUACUGACUUGCCAUAUCAAGCUGCAUCGUCUGACUCUUCAGCAGCACCAGAUAUGCUAGGAGGCAGGAUGGACCCUCACAGACAAGGCAGUAAUAGCAUUCUUCAUAACAGUGUUAGUGAUACAGUAAACAGUGCAAAAACUGAACACACAGCUAUGAAGGGAACUUCAGUGAAACACAAACCAGAUUUCAGAGCAACAGAUUCUAAUGCUGGUUUACAUUCACCUUUGGCGCCUAAUGCUUCUAAUAAUAACAGUUGUAUGACGGAUAUGCUAUGGAAGAAUGAAGCCGAUGAAAUAUGUGCUCUGCCUGCAACUAAGAUCAGCCGUGUAGAGAUGCAUGCUGCAGCAACGCCAUUUUCUAAAGAGACACCUUCAACUCCAGUGACCGUUUUGAAAGCAGAACAACAAUGGUGUGAUGUCGGAAUUUUUAAAAACAAUACAGCUUUAGUGAACCAGUUUUAUUUGCUACCAAAAGGAAAACAAAGUAUGUCAAAGGUAGGAAAUGCAGAUGUACCUGACUAUAGUUUGCUUAAGAAACAGGAUCUUGUUCCAGGAACAGUGUAUAAAUUCAGGGUUGCUGCAAUCAAUGGUUGUGGAAUAGGCCCUUUCAGCAAAAUCAGUGAAUUUAAAACAUGUAUCCCUGGUUUUCCUGGAGCUCCUUCUACAGUCCGAAUUUCCAAGAAUGUUGAAGGUAUACAUCUUUCUUGGGAGCCUCCAACUUCCCCAUCUGGAAAUAUUUUGGAAUACUCAGCCUAUUUGGCUAUCCGCACAGCACAGGUGCAAGAUAAUCCAAGCCAGCUGGUGUUCAUGAGGAUCUACUGUGGUCUUAAAACCUCGUGUAUAGUGACUACUGGGCAGCUUGCAAAUGCGCAUAUCGAUUACACAUCCAGACCCGCCAUUGUGUUCAGAAUAUCUGCAAAGAAUGAAAAGGGCUAUGGACCAGCUACACAAGUCCGAUGGCUUCAAGAAAUAAAAGCAUUAGACGGCCAAUUCAGGCUCCUUGCCACCUUAGAGAUGCAGAUAGUUCCGUGACCACUUGGCUACAGGUAACUUACUUUACACCUUUUGAAAUCUCAUGGUUUGACCGCUUAGUCAGUUCAGAAGUAUGUACAGAGCAGUAACUGCAGAGAAGACUUUUCUGUUUGAGAGCUGCCAUAAGUGUAUAAGCACAGGUCUAGCUUCUUAGGAUACACAAUCUCAUGCCAGUUUGGGGUGUCUGGGUAGAUGUGCCCUCCAAUUUUAUGUGUGAUAUGCCCAGUGAAGAUGAAUCUAAUUGUGAAGAAUUGAUAUAUAUAUAUGCCAGUUGCUAACUUAAAGUGUAUAGAAUAUUUUAAUAUAUAAUUUUUGUAAAAAACUGGGAUUUUUAUACUACAGUAUUUGUAAUUAAUGUCUCACUAAUUAAAUUUCUCUUGAAGAAAAUAUGCAAACCAUUAGACACAUGAGUCAUUUCUGAACUCUAAAAAUAAAAUAAAUGCACUACUAAGGUGUUGUUAGAAUACCUUUUUGGGGUACGUGAAUCCUUAAUCAUUAAAUGGGUACUUUCCAAGCAGUGUUUACAAGGAGCACCUCUGGUUGGUUAUUCCAGCAGCUCCCAUGGGGAGAGCUUCACUCUGCCUUCAUUUAAUUUAUGUGCUUUGCUUUUGGCAGUGCUUGCUUUUUGCACAAGUAGACUUUGAACUUACCUCAUUAUUAUGUUUGUAAUCAUUUGUGUAGCUUCCAUGAUGUGUCUGAUAGGCGCUAACAUAUCUUAACCAAAGUUACAUGGAAUGCAGAUUUGCACAUAUCAAAUAGUAGGGCUUUGUUGUGUGUGUGCUCAGCCAGUUGCAGGAAGUGUAUGUCUCAAUCCCAGUUACUUUACUUUAUUAGAAAACUUCUGGCUUCUAAUCCUAUUCUCGGCAUUAAGCAACAGUUUGCAUCUCAAAACAUUUAUUGUUGAGGAAUAAGUUAAUUUAAAGCAGACCAGACGGUUGGUUUUGUGACUGCACGUUUUUACCUAUUUAGUAUGUGACUUGAAGGCAUCUUCUAGGCCAGCAGGCAGAUAUGAGCUUAUGGUUCUAACAUACAAUUUGAUUCUUUGAUGAAAGGAUAGCCUUUCUAUACCAACCAAUUUGUUAAUAAAUCUUUUUACCUCAAGAAUUGCCCAAAUUGUAUUUUUUCAUUGGCAUUACUUCCUUAGGCAUAAGUCAUGUUUCUGUUUCUGUCGUGGGACUGUUGACUGAAAGACACCCUUAGCAGAUGUGGCUUUGCUGUUAGCAGUUCCUGUGUGUUAGAACUGCAUGUCCAUGAGUAGGACGGCCUGUCAUGCUGAUGUGAGCACCUGUAGCUUCUGAGGACCCGCACAUCGUGAGGCUUCCGUCUGUAUCAUGCAGACAUUGUUUUCUUUUUCCUCCAUCUCUUCCUCCUCCUUUUUUUAUUUUUUUUCUCCCUGGGGAUUGAACUUGGGUUUUGGGCAACCAGGCCAGUACUCUAACACUGAGCUACCCCACAGCCCAGGCAGGUAUCUCUUAAAAGAGGGUUUACCUUACACUAAAUUUAUUUCUUUCCACUCUGAGCUGUAUAACAGUCUUUGUGUCAUAAGUCUCUUUCAUGUGUUCUGGUCUUUGGUUAGCAUAACAGUAAGAAUAUUGUUGAUAUUGCAUGUUCUUAGAAUUAUGUUUCUAAAAUACUGUAUUGGCCUUAGUUUAGCAAAUUAUUUUGGCAGUUAACUAGAAAUAAGUUAUAUAUACACUCAAUCUGUAUUUAAAAAUUUUUUAAAUCCUAUUGCAUGUAUGAGGCACCUUUGCCCCAUAAGCCAACUACAUGUGUAAUCAUCAGUAGAGAAGUGAAACUGUUGGUUCAUUAUUUCCAAGACUUGUAGGGUAGCAAAAAUUGGUUCUGCUUAGAGAGUGUCUGCUAUAACUGAAGGGCUUUAUUUUAAAAUGGUAGCAUAUUGACAUAAGGAGCAUUUGUUAGCAUCCUGUCUGGAAUGAGCAGUAUUUGGAGCUCCUGUGCUCCUCUGCUCCUAAAUGGAGAGACUGCAAGUAUGUGUGGUCUUUGGCCAUGUGAAGUGUAACUCUUGUAUUUCCCAAGACUGACUUUAGGCAGUUCUAUGUAUUGUCUAUCAAUGAUCUGUGAAAUAAAACCACCUUUUUGGCUCUAAACAGUUAGAGGUGUUAUUAUUCACUAUGAAUGAUACAAAGAGUGGUGGUGGCAGAGCCAGUCUGUGGGGGCUGAUGUGUGUGUCAUUCAUUUGAAGACAACAGGUAGUCUCGAACCUAGGGUGGACUGUUUAGAAACUCAAGUUAGGUUGUGGUCAGGAGUCAUUUUCUCUAAGAUGUGAUGACCAUUUACCCCUUACUGUAUUACAGUUGUGGUGAUCUGCAUGCAAGCAAAACACAGAUGGCUCCAAGAAGCAGUCUAGACUUGUUUUGUUUACGUUUUGGAAAUUUUCUUCCCCUCCCCUCCCCUACGCUUUUUCGUUCAGAGCAGCCAGGUUGUGCCCUGCUACUUCGUUGAGAUGGCUCUAGCAAAAAUCAGGUAUAAUGUUGCAUUUCCAGGUCUAGGGGGCUUUCUACUCACACUUCAUCUUGUCACAUGCGCACCCCCUUGGACUCUGCACCGUUCCUCACAUCUGUCUUUCUUCACACACUUCCUCCUGUCUGUAAUCCACAUUUCCACUCCUACCAUUUUUACUAACUGGACCAGUCUGGCCACACCUUGCUUGACCUCUUCUACCUUCUGGAAGAUCUAACUGCUACAUUAAGUCUUCUUUCUUCAGUUUCAAAGAUGAUGUCCCCACUGUCCCUUUCCCCUCUCUGAUGGGUAUUUGUGUAGAGACUAGGUCUUUAAUCUUUUUCACACUGGGCAGUUAAUGGUGCCUAAAGAUCUUAGCAGGUAAAUAAAGAAAUUCACCAACUUUGUAUUUUUCAAUUCCCCAGCCUCAAAUCAGGAUUAAAAUGGGGUGGCUUUAGUGUAUUUAGUACCCUGGGGGAAAUAGACUCUAGCUUUGUCUCGCCUCACCCUACACUGGUUGCUAACUAAGGAAAUUGCCAGUUAUAUAACAGGUUUAGGAAGACCUGAGCUGAAGUUAUUUUAGCAUUUAAUGACAUUGGUGGACAUAAAGACAUUAAAGUUAGUCUCUUUCAUUUGUGUGUGUGUGUGUGUGUGUGUGUUGAGACAGGGUCUCACUAUGUAGCCCUGGGUGUCCUGGAACUUGCCAUGUAGAUCAUGCUGGCCUCAAACUCAUCCAUUGGCCUGCCUCUGCCUCCCAGGUGUUGAGAUUUAAGGCAUGCACCACCACACAGGGCAGAUGUUAAGCUGCAUCAAUUUAAGCAUAGAGAACUGCUGGAGACAGCAGACAUAGAACUGUUCUCUGCUGCUCCCUGGGGCACACUACUGUUGGUUCUUCUAAGCUUAUUGGGCAAAACACUGUUUUGUUUGGUUGAGACAAUGUUUCAUUCUGUAACCUAGGCUGACUUUGAACUCAUGGUAAUCCUUUGCCUCAGCUUCUCAAGUGCUGACAUUCCAGCCUGAGUCACACUUAAAGAUUCUUACUGUCAGAGAAGCAAGGUGGCCUUGGCCUUCCUCCCUUUGAGUCUAGUGAUAGUUCAAAGUCCCCGUACUUGUAUAUUUCUGUAACUACAAUUUCUGACUAUGCAUGAAAAAACAAACUAUAAUGUUCUGGGAGAAAUAAGCUGAAUGAAAGCUAAAAAUCUCAGGACAGUCAGUCUCCUUGUCCCAAAUGGCUCUCCAUCUUCCUGUCAAUGUGGUGCUGCUGUCCUUUGCCGAAUAAAGUUUUUGAAAAGGAAAGUAAGUGUCUGCCCGGGGGUCUGCUGACCCCAGCAGGUCUAAUCAGAAACCAAGCAUGACGAAGCAUCGCAGGUGCUUGGUGGUGUGUGGAAGCUCCUGGUGUUUGACCCAAAGCCUCCAGCUGCAGUUUGGCACUUCCUUGUUCAUUCCAGUUAAAAUGUGGAUGAGACUUUGGGUCUUAUAGCUGGCUAGGUAUGCGUGUGCCUGCGUGUCUGUUGUUUCUAGAUAGCCAAAGCAGUGCCUGCAACUUGGUGAUGAGUUGCUGUUUUGAUGAGUAGAGCUCAAAAGCCCUCGGGCUCAUUUGCUGCCUCACCUAGUCUGUACUGUCCCACUCCAUAAACCAAGAAAAAAAAAAAACUUCAGUGGCUGAUGGGUUAAAAGUUUCAAGAGCUCUUCAGUUUUUCAGAAUUCAUGAAUUGAGGAUCAGAAUUUGUACUGAAUUUCCUGAACUAUAAGCUGUACCUUAACCUCUGCAUGUCCACAAAAUGGUACAGAUGGGGAUGAUGUUGGCAGAGGGUCUCUGGAAACAGUUGGCAUUUUUUAUAUACCCAGAAGGGAGCUGUCCCUGAAUGACGAUAGAGGCAAUUGAGAGCAGCUCUAUGUUGCCCAGAUAUUAGAAAUAAAAGCACACAAAUGCACAAUUAGGGAAAUGUACUAGACAGCACCUUUCAGUAAGGAGGUGUAGUAUGCUUUACAUUGCCAAUUAGUUCCUCAUCCACCCCCCAGUUUAGUCCAGACCUUGAGCGUGAAGGCUGGCCUUGAACUUGCAGUUCCACCAUGCCCAGAUCACUGUCUGCUUUAUAGAAAUAAUUCUAGACAGCAAAGUAGAGGUGGCUGGGGGCUGAUGUGGCAGGGCAGCGCUCUUAGUACUGUGAGCUCACAGGCUGUUUCUGAGGACUCCUCUCCUCACACCCGCAUCCCCAGUGGUUUGUGUGUCAUGGACUUCCCCAUUGUUGGCUGCACAGCAGCUACUGGUGGAGUACGGCACAACCUCACAUCUUUUUUGUUUAAAGGUAUUUGCUGUGAAACAGUGUGUGCCAACCAUAAACUAGAUGUUCUUUUUUUUUUUUUAAUAAGAUGAUACUUUUAUCAAACUUUUGCCUAAGCAGAACACUCUUAACUGCCCAGAAACACCUUCUGUCCUUCUCUCUUCCCUUCAUACACAGUGUAAAUGUUCUGGAUUUGUUUUUAGCAAUCAUGCCCAUGUUUUUAUUUGUAGCUCUAUCAUACAUGUGUAUGUUCUUAAUAAAAUAUUUAGUUACCUGGUUUUGAA